AUGAUGUCCAUCACUCGCUACAAGGACCCAAUCCCCGAUGGUGCCCUCAUCGUGACCACACUCGACGGAGCGGCCUUUGUCCAAAAGACAUUCCCGCAUGCCAUUUUCUAUCCCGAAAAUAACGGCCACUACGCCAAGGAUCCCGAUGGCACUGUCAUCGCCGUGGCAUCGGAUGCAUUGUGUGAGGAAAUCGACCGCAGAAACGCCGAGUUGGAAGCGAAAAUUGCCGCGGGUGAGAAGCUGACCGAUGAGCUGGUUCUUCUCAGCAUAGCCGCUACAACCUACGCAACCACCACUCGCUUUAACACUCCUCUCCUUGAAGGUGCAAUCGUCCUGGACACCGAAAACAAUCUUCGAGAAUUUACUGCCUCCCACCCAGAUGUCGAUCUCGAGACCGUGGACGAAGGCUACACCAUCAACGGGCCUAAGGAUGCGAUAUUUGGUUACAUCGGGGACCAUCUUAGCAAAGAAAUUGACGAGCGAAUGAAGUCCAUGGAGCUUUUCGAAAAUCUCUUGGCCGAGAAAGGCGUGGUCGGAAAAUGA